AUGGCGGACGGCACUCAUCGCAAGUUUCUUAGGGCGGAGCUGAAACCGCACAUUGGGAAACUCACGAAGAAAGCAUAUGCGAGGACGCCCAUGCGUUAUCGCCCGAAUGGUCCGUACGAGGAUUGGCUCCUAUACCAUUCGCCGCUUUGUGACAAGAAGGACGGGUACAAGCAGGCGAUAGGACACUGCCUUCGUCGAACCAAGAAGGCGCGUACAUGGUCUACUGCUAUGAGCUCGAUCUGGGGCAGGUGGCAGAUGUGGUGUGACGAGGCGGACCUGGAGUGCUACACACCGUUGGUACCAGGGUCUAAGGGUAAGUAUGUGCUUCACAAGCGAUACAACAAGCUGUUGAAGCGCAUGUUCUCGGAUGAGAAGAAGAGGGCACACUUCAAACGCCAAGUGGAGAAGUGCUUUGCCUUUGCUCAGUCGGGAACGUACAGUCGGGGGCGCCUCCGGGUUUGGGGCGAGUUGCAGUUGUUCGAGGACGGGGUGGAAGUACCAGCUCAUCGUUAA